AUGCGGUCUUUCUUUCUCCUCAGUCUCCUGCCUCUUAUGGCCUUUGCUGCCCCCAGCCCGGCUGAGCUUGGCCUUGAGAAGCGAUCCAUCACCUGCCUCAAGGUUGGCGCGACCGCAACUGCGACUUGGACAAACAGCGCCUCAAAGACUUGCAAAUGGACGGGCGUUGUGGGUAGCAACUUCGGAACCAACAGUGUUAACUCUGGAGACUACUCUUGCAACGGUCGCUGCGGCGCCGGCUGCACCGGGGCAUCCGUAGGAAAUGCGUACACUCAAGACUGCUUCUCGCAUGAUAUUUGCUCAUGGUUCAAUAAUGCCAGUGGAGGUGCUAGCGACGCCAACUGCGGUGCUGCAUACAGUGCUGCGGUUGAUGACACCGUUGGAGGCACAUUGGCUGGCUGUGGACAGACGAAUCCGACAAAUUCGGCAUCGAAACCCACAACGUCGCCAACCUGCUCUUAG